UGCAUGCAUGCAAAUGUGAUAAAGAUAUAGAUAUAAAAACAUGAUAUAAUGAUUGUGUUUUGCAAAUCAAAUAGAAAAAUUGUUCAAUAAUUAUGAAAUAUUCCAUUCUUCUUAUCUUUUUGUUUCACAGAAUCUCCCUUCAAUAUUAUUACAAUAUUUAAAUCUCAUGUUUCUAAAUCAUUAUUUUCCUAUGAUAAAUUUCGAAUUUAGUUUAUUUUUUAGAGAAACAUAAGAAGAAAUCUAUAUAUCGUCACCUAUGUAUUGCAAGAGUUAAUAUGAAAGUUUAUGAAAGUUAUCAUUGAACGAUGUUCUAAAGGUUCAAAUCUCUUGAUUGAGCAGCACUCAAGAAAAAUUUCUAGAAUUCUAGACUGAGAGAUUGUGCCACUUACAAACUGUUUCUUCACUUGAGAUUGGAAAAUGCAACGUGUUCUUCAAAAAGUAUAAUUGUUGCACUCGCAUCACCCUGUAUUCUUAACAAUAAUUUCUGGAACACGCCUUAAACUGUAAAUAAAUCGUGUCGAAAUAUUAGAAUCGAUGAAUAUCUGACACUGAUCGUAAGAUACAAUCUCAGGAACAUUAAGAAAAAAUAUUAAAAACGAUUUGUCGUGUACUGUCGAAUUAUAUGCGCGCUAUAUUCUUCGAACGAAUAUACUAAACUGUCGCAGAUGCAUCGUCGUCAUGCUUGCACCCUUCCCCUCGAGGAUCGUGAAUAAUUCAUCCGUCUGACACUCUCUUUCUUCUCUUCGCGCAGUAAGAGGGCGUCAAUUACAAUGACGUUGAAAAUAAUCAGUUGUCCAUAAAAUAGAGUGCAAGAGGAGUGGCGAUCAAUCACAACUUGGUAUGGAUGACGAGCAAUCGAAGAACUCUAGGAGGAGUUCGAAGAUCGAGAGGAGAAGUUUGAGGAUUCGUUUCGAGAAUGAGCGCGAGGAAAGUUAGAAAUGUAUCGAUCGUCGUCACCGCCUUUUACAUGAAAAUCGUUGGAUUUUGGGUGGCGAAUAAUUACGUGGAGAAACGUUGGAGGAACGUUGCCAUGUGUAUCACGAUCUUUUUCGUGUUCAUAGCCAUCACAAUCGAGGCAAGGGAUUUAUACUUCGUUUGGGGAGAUUUCGAGGAUUCUAUUUUCGCUGGAUGCAACGUUAUAACUCUCCUUUUAGUUUUGGUGAAGAUUUUUAUCUUGUACAUAAAUAACGAGGAACUGCUUAACGUAGUUAAUUACGCGAAAACGAAUUUUUGGCACGAAACGAAUUACGAUACGCACGAGAAAAAGAUCAUAGAUGACUAUAAACGCCUUUGUUCUUUUCUCGUCUGUUCAUUCACAUUCUUCGCUCAAGGAACAGUUGUGUGUUUCUUAAUAACACCAGUUUUUGUAAAUAAUGGAAAAAAUGAAUCGGACAGAAUACAUCCGUUUAAUAUGUGGUUCGAUCGAUCACUAUCACUGUCGCCCUAUUACGAAAUAAUAUAUACGAUACAGGUUCUGAGUGCAUAUAAUGUUGGCAUAUGUUACCACUGCUUCGACAAUCUUCUAUUCGUAAUAAAUCUGUACACCGCUGGUCAGUUUCGCAUUUUGCGAUAUAGAUUUGAAAAUAUAUGCGGGAAAAAUGGUGGCAACAAUUAUCAUAAAGUUUCGAAAUCAUCGUACUGUAUGUACGAGUAUAAAUCGUUUAAAACUUGCGUUCAACAGCAUCAAGCGCUCAUCGAAUAUUGCAAAAAAUUGGAGGAUGUAUUCAGUGUAAUCGUAUUGGCACAAGUGUUGCUUUUCAGCUUGUUAAUUUGCCUUGACGGAUAUUUGGUACUAAUGGAAGAUACUUCUCGUGCGAAACGUGUUAUCUUCACAUUUCAUUUAAUGGGUUGCAUGUGUCAACUACUCAUGUUCACGUAUAGUUGCGAUUGUUUAAUACGUGACAGUACGAACGUGGCCAACGCCGUUUACAACAGCUUGUGGUCGUAUUUGCCCAUGGAUAAAUAUGGAAAAUUAUUACGAAAAGAUCUUAUGUUCGUCAUCAUGAGAUCUAGAUCACCGUGUUGCCUCACCGCUUGUGGAUUUUUCCCCGUCUCGUUGGAGACGUACACUGGGAUUCUGAGUACCUCGGUAUCGUACUUUACACUGUUGAGAAAUCAAUCAACUUAAACACAACUUCGAGACAAAGUCGUAAAUUUUGAAAAAAUAUAUUUUUCAAAUUCAAUUCAAUAUAUUUAUCUUUUAGAGGGAAAAAAAUGGAACGAAUAAAAAACGUUGAGUACGUUGGUUAAAAAUAAUAUUCUACGUUUUAUAACUGAUCUGAUGUUAGAUA